UUUUUCAUCGCCUCUCCUUUAUGGGCAAAGAACAUUACUUUAGAAGCACAAGCUUGAUACAACUAUAUUGGUAAAGCCUUAACGAAAAAGAUUAAUCAUCUGUCUCAACUCUCAGUCUCAACAACUACUGUUUUGGUCAUUUGUUCAAUUUCCAGUUUGAGAAAGUUUAUCACCAAACCCAUGCAUGUCAUAAUGAAGAAAACCAUACAUGGGAUUGCUCUCUGAUAUCUAUUCUUCCCUAGCCUGUUUUUCCGAUUUCUCUUUUUGGGGUUCUUGUUUUCCUUGUUUCUGCUCUGUUUACUGUGUAAUGUGAGAAAGAGAGGGUGGUGGCUGCUUAUAAGCUUGGUUUUCUGAUGGGUGCUGAAGAUUACUGGGAAAUGGUGGCACCAACAGUGGCUCCAUUGAAUUUAGAGAAGGAAGAGCACUGGAGGCGUUUUGACAACUCAGUGAAUGCAGUUUCCUUUGGUUUUGUAGCCACCGCAAUUCUUAUAUCAAUGUUCCUUGUUAUGGCUAUCUUUGAGAGAUUUCUCAGGUCGAGAUCAUUGUCCUCCAAUACUAGAACCCUUACUGAUCUCGAGUCUCCGACAACUUUCAAUAGCAAGCUUGAGUACCCUUCUCCCAAAGUGACAAUUUAUGCCAAUGGGGUAUCAGUUCUGAUGCCUGGUGAGGAAACUCCUACUUUCAUUGCCCAUCCUGCUCCUGCACCAUGCCUGCCAGAGCGCAUCUUGAAGCCUCUGCAUCAACAACAGAAGCAAAGCAUUAGUGUGUCCUCAAGCUCAAGGUGAACAUAGCAUUGCAUGAAAUGAUGAAAAUAAAGCAGCUGAGUAGUAGAGAACCAGGGGUUUUUUCACAAUUUUUUUUAUUGAUGCCAUCUAUGAAAUUCAAGUUCGCUACUAGUGAACCCAGAAUGUCCUGAAAGGAAAAUGGGUGCCCAGAGAUUGCCUUUUGAUAUUUACAUUUGUAUUUGAAGAAAAAUGAAAUGUCGAUUAGCGUCUGUAAAACCAUCCAUGGAAAACUAGAGACUAAAAGGUGAGAUCGAUGCUCCAUUUAACAUUAUAGUGACAAGAAUUUUAGUGCUUCAGUUAUAGUAUCAAAAUCCAU